GGGAGUUGUGAUCACUGUCACUGUCAAUGUCAUACAUAGGUACAUAACUCAAAGUCAAAGCAAAGUCCACUUUUAUACAAGUGUUUGCUCAACCCGCAAUGUAAAUAAUUUUAAAAAUUAAAAUAUUUUUUUUAAAAAUCUAACUCAAAAACUUUUAUAAAUAUAUUUUUUAUAGUUCUUGUGUUUUUUUGUAAGUGUAGUAUUAUAAGUUGAAGUUGUUAAAUCGGUUUCCUGCUUAUAAAUGUAUAAUAAGUUAGUAAGGCUGUAAGGCCAAGAGCAUGUGAAAGCGAAUGAUGUAAGGAAGCACGCAGUAUUGAAACAUUGGAAUUAAGUGUAAACCGCAUUGUGGUACGGAUCGUAUUCAAAAUACUGAAAUAACUGCGGCAUGGCAAGCAGUGCAAGGUGACAAGUGUAAACUCUUCUGUAUAACAUGAGGGGAUAAUGCCAGCUUCCUUUGCACAGUUGAGCGAAGAGAAAGAGAGUUCGCCGUGUUUGGAACGAGAGGAACGAGCGGCCGUCAACAUGUGGGGAGCGCAGCGCCGGGUGGCGCUCGACGUGCUCAUGGCGUGCUGGGGGCUCGGCACGUGGCUCGGGGUCAACGGGCUGUACGUGCAGCUGCCGCUGCUGGUGGAGCGCCUGCCCGAGGGCUGGGCGCUGCCGUCCUCCAUGGUCAUGGCCGUGCAGCUCGCCAACAGCGGCCUGCUGCUGUACGCCGUGCUGCGCCGCCUGCUGCCACGCGUGUCCGACGCCUACUACAUCGCGGGGCUGCUCGUCAUCGGCACGCUGGCGCUGCUGCUGAACGCCUUUCUAUACGAGCAAACAGCUGUGAUCGGCUCCGAGGAGCGGUCGAUCGCUUAUUUGGCGUUGACGUUCUUCGCGGCGCUGGUAGGAUGCACCAGCUCCGUGCUGUUCUACCCGUACUUAAGACAUUUCCGUGAUGUGUACCUGGCAACGUACUUAGUGGGUGAGGGUCUGAGUGGGUUCGUGCCGAGCCUCCUGGCGCUGGUCCAGGGCGUGGGCGGGGCACCCAAGUGCCUGCCGAACGAGGAUAACACGAGUCUGGUGCCGCACUACCCGCCCGCGCGGUUCGACACUACCGUGUUCCUGGUGCUGCUCAGUGGGCUGUCGGCCGCCAGCCUGGUCAGCUUCGUCGUCAUCAACAAAUACAAGGGCUUCCAGUCGGAGCGAGUGGCUCCGGCGGCAGCGGCUAAGGAUGACGAGGCGACGUCGGAGCGACCCUCGCUGCUGGUGCCUCGCUGGAUGGGCGUGAUGGCUCUGAUGGCGGUGCUGAAUGCAGUGAACAACGGCGUGAUGCCGUCGGUGCAGUCGUACUCGUGCAUGCCGUACGGCACGCGCGCCUACCACCUGGCGGUGACGCUGGGCGCGAUGGCCAACCCGGCGGCGUGCCUGGCCGGCGUGUGGCUGAAGCCGGUGGCGGGGCGCGUGCUGGCCGCCAUGCUGCUGGCCGCCAGCGUCCCCUUCGCCUACAUCCUGGCCACGGCGCUGCUCAGUCCGGCUCCGCCGCUGCAGUAUACCGCGGGAGGAGAAGUUCUUAUCGUGGCGUCGUGGGUGCUGUCGUCGGGGGUGAUCUCGUACGCGCGCAUGUGGGUGUACGGGUGGGCGCGGGGCGGCGGCGCGCGGGGGAUGCGCCUGUGCGGCGCGCUCGGCCAGCUCGGCUCCGUGCUGGGCUCGGCCAGCACUUACUUCAUCGUCAACUACACCGCCCUCUUCGUGCAGGCCGACGCCUGCCCCGCCAUCUCCUCGCUCACACAUCUAUAGCGCACUACUCGCUGACACGCAACAAACCGUACGCAGUGUAUCUGUGCUGCAGUACUAGAUACGAGCACUUCACUAGUAUUGUUAUUAGUCCUAUGUAUAGGGGCACCAUUCCAGAUGUCCUGCCACUACUGAGUAUCGUGCCCGAAUGAUCUCGUGCGUCGCAGCGCCCUGGACUCCACUACACGGACGUGGCAAGACUACUUAACUUUAGAAUAAGGAUAAUAUUUAAUAUAGACUAUUUAUGUUGACGUUUA